AUGACGACCGCAUCGCGUGUCCUGGCACUGGCGACUGUGUGCCUGCUCUGCGUGCUGUGCGCAAGCGUCGACGCGGCCACGUCCGUGCACGCAGGCGUGUAUGCGAAGCUGCUGCCGGGGAAGGAGUUCUGUGCUGACUACCACGCCUUCCGCGAUCCGCAGAGUGACCCAGUGCCGGUCACAUUUCAUCACCGCUGCAUCGAUCCGCGCCUGGCUGGCAUUACGACAAAACUGUACGGUCCUAGUAGCGAGCCGCUCAAGCGCGGCCCAGAGAUCCCUUUAUCAGAGAGCAUCGACACCUUCGGCGACAUCUCGCAGAUAUUCUUCUACGCCGAGAAGACCGGCAUCUAUAAGCUGUGCUUCCUGCUUCCCCUCAGGAAGCCCGCCAUGCGCUUUGAGAUGUCCUUCAGCGCAGCCAACGACAUCGUUGAGCCGCCCAAGGUAGAGGACGACGCCUUUGUGGUGGACAAGCCGCCAGAGAUGGCGGACUACGCCGACCGCCUGCGCAUGUUGAACUUAUCCGUGGAGACAACCGUGGACGAGCUCCGCAUGUACCAGACGCGGCGGUACUUUUUUGACAAGACAGUCAACUCUGCCUUUUACGUUUGCGUCUUUAGUGUGCUGCUGAACAUCGCCAUCGCUGUGGGACUCAGCUUGUGGUCGGAGACGUAUCUGAAGCGAUACUUUGUAAAGCAGAAGAUUGCGUAG